AUGGAGAAGCCGCGUCGGAAUCCGGCGAGAGCCGCCAGGGCCAAGAGACAGAAGCGGGGUAUCGAUGUCGCCGUCCCUGACAACUCUGCAGUCAACCGCUUCAUCUACGUCCUCGACCUGGGGACGGCAUCCGUCUGGGAGUAUCUGGAUCCGCAGAGCGUCUCCAACACGGUCCAGGCAUGUCCCGACGUCUUCUCGCAGGAUUUCAUCGAUUCCGUGUCGCUUCGGGCGGUGGAGUAUUUCGCCGUGGAAAACAAGACGCACCUCGGCCGCCACUGCGAGUGCGACUGGAUGCGGCGUCUUGACUUCCAGUACCAGUCCGACGACAGGUGCAAGGGCGCGGUGCCUUUCACAGUCGACAGAAGUCUGCCGAUCCUCCAAUUGGCCGGAGGUCCCAAGGCUCUUCUGGACGCUCUGCUGCUGACGAAGAAGCUCAUGCAGCCGUUCGAGCAAGCCGAGAGGUGCCGAGACGCCGCGUUCGUUCCGAUGGUUUGUCCGCUGGUCACCAAGGAGAACCCCAAGGUACCAACCAGAGCUGCAGUCACCCGAGCAAUAGACCGAAUCAGCGCGGGAGCUGGAGCGAGAUUCUUCUACAAGUUCAAGCUCAACUCGCAGCCGUCGUUCGUCGACUACAUUGAGGAGCACUGGAGCGGCAUAAGCGGCUCGUCGUGUCACUAUUGCGACAGUCUGACGGGUCCCGACGCUCGGAAGCCAAAGAAGUACGCCGGCUUAACCUCCACCGAGAUUAAACGUGUCCGUGAAAACUGCACGAAGCUGUAUCAACCACUAAAAGCGGCUUUGGAGGAGAAUCUUCGGUUUGUGAGGUUUGUUCGCCGUCCUCGACGUCGUUCACGUCGAGAGUGGAGCUUUACAGGCAAGUACAAGGGACUGGUGGCGGGAAUUUCGCAGGGAGAUGUUCUGUGUGGACUCUUCCUCGUGAGUGGCUUCUGGCCGCAUGAAUAA